UUCGCUAGGCAGCGUCAGGUUCCGGGUGUAGGGUCGGGUCAGUUUCUCUGGCCCAGAUCCAGGUCCAAAAAAAAAAGACCCGGUUUGAUCAAAAGGCAAAAAUCGCAUCCUAACCUCCCAGGCGUCAUCCUUCCCCUUCUUCGCAGCAGCUCCUCCUCCUCUUCGCAUCUCUGCUUCGGAUUACUCGCCACCACAACUCAGUCACCGCCGCAACUCUGUUUCACAGCCUCCUCCCUCUCUUACUCAGCUCUCUCCUUUCACCAUCGCCGGUGCCUUCUUCCUGUAGUGUUCAAAGAAUUUGUACUGCUUGAGAGGCAAACUGGGAAACUGAUGAGAGGUAAACUCAGCUGCAAUAGUAUGUUAUCUGUGCUCGAUUUUUCAUCAUGUUUCGGACUUUAUUUGGGGAUGUAAGAAACUAUGGUUUACUUCGAAAGGGAUAUAUUUACCAGCAAAGGUUUAGCCUUGUGAAUGUUAAGUUGAAAUGGGUGAAAGAUCGAAAACUGGAUGCCGCUGUAGCUGGUCAGAGAGAUCUUAAGGCGGUUGAGAUCCUUGUUUCCAUCAUUGCCUCGUCUUCCGAAUGUUGCCUUCCCAUAUAUCGUCUUAAUCCCCAUCGCGGACAACUGGGUCUUCCUAUUGAUCUUAAGCUCUCUACCUUUAUCAGAAGAUAUCCUACUAUUUUUGUGGAGUCCAAUUUUCUUGACAGUGGAGGCACUCCUGUUCCAAGUUUCGGCUUGAGUCCUCAAGCCUUGAAGCUUCACCAUAAGCAAGUUAACAUCCUUGAGCGUGAUCAGUUGGAACUCAGGGAUAGGCUAUGCAGAUUGCUUAUGCUAACAAGAGACAGGAUCCUUCCACUACAAACUAUUGAUCAAUUAAAAUGGGACUUGGGUUUGCCCAAUGAUUACCCGAGUUCUUUUGUUCCGAAUCACCCUGAUCGGUUCUCUCUUGUUCGCCUCCCUGAUAAUCGUGUUGGCUUGAAGUUGUUGUUUUGGGAUGACAAGCUCGCUGUCCCGGAGAUACUGAAGAAUGCUUCUUUACAACAAGAUCAAGAAGACAUAAAAAAUGGAACCUUAGCCUUUCCGGUUAGUUUCACAAGGGGUUUUGGUUUCAGAAGAAAAUGCAUGGAGUGGUUGAAAGAGUGGCAGAAACUCCCCUAUACUUCACCUUACACUAAUGCCUCACAUUUGGAUCCUCGUACCGAUGAAUCCGAGAAGAGGGUCGUCGGAGUCUUCCAUGAGCUCCUUCAUCUCACCCUUCAUAAACAAACCGAACGCAAGAAUGUCAGCAACUUGCGCAAACCCUUAGCGCUUCCUCAGAAAUUCACCAAAGCAUUUGAACGUCAUCCUGGUAUUUUUUACCUUUCCAAUAAGAGUGACACGCAAACGGUGAUUCUUAGAGAGGCCUACAAUGGUAGGGAACUCAUACAGAAGCAUCCCCUUGUGAGAGUCAGAGAGAAACUUGCAAAUUUAUUGAAGAAGGGGUUACAUGAUAAGAGUAGGGGUUACACAAGAGAUAUAGAUGAGUCAGACUCAGACAUAGAGACUGAAAUGGAUGAAUAUGAUUCAGAUGGCUUCCCCAUAAUCACUAAAGAGGGGUGGGGCCGUGUCCCGUGGGGCGGGUAGAGUGAUGAUGAUGGAUCUGAAGAAGAGGAACAAGAGGAGGGGGAGGAGUAGGAGGAGGAAGAAGAAGAGAUAGAGAGCGGGUUUUUAGUUCCUACAAUCAUUUGGAGUUGACCUUUGGCACUAUUACCUGACAGGUUAGCGGACAACCGUAGCAGAGGUCGAUUUGUCCAUUUUCCUUAAUUAGUGGGGUCUGCUUGAGGUUUAAAGAUAAUUAAAGUCAGUUAUGUCUCAUGGGAAAAAGGUCAUAGCCGGAUAGGGUAUUUACCCUUUUUAUUAUGUGUCAUAAAAGUUGAAAUCUUAUAAAAGACUGGUUUAGUCAAUAAAAGUCAAUUGUGCUAGUGCAUAUUAUGUAGUGACUUUACUUAUGACUUUACUUAUUGUACACUCUACAGUCAUCAUUCAACGGUCAUCCAUUUUUAUCAAAA